CAGUGGCGGCGGGAGAGCGAGCGCGGGCCCUGGGUCUCGGCCGCCGCCAUGGCCACCGUGGACCUAGAGAAGCUGCGGAUGUCGGGGGCCGGCAAGGCCAUCGGCGUGCUCACCAGCGGUGGCGACGCGCAAGGCAUGAACGCUGCUGUCAGGGCUGUGACACGCAUGGGCAUUUACGUGGGAGCCAAAGUCUUCCUCAUCUAUGAGGGCUACGAGGGCCUUGUGGAAGGAGGUGAGAACAUCAAGCAGGCCAACUGGCUCAGCGUCUCCAACAUCAUCCAACUGGGUGGUACUGUCAUCGGCAGCGCCCGCUGCAAGGCCUUCACCACGCGGGAGGGACGCCUGGCUGCGGCCUACAACCUGGUCCAGCGUGGCAUCACCAACCUGUGUGUCAUUGGUGGGGAUGGCAGCCUCACAGGCGCCAACAUCUUCCGCAGCGAGUGGGGCAGCCUGCUGGAGGAGCUGGUGAGGGAAGGCAGGAUCUCAGAGACCACGGCUCAGACGUACUCACACCUGAACAUUGCCGGGCUGGUGGGCUCCAUUGACAAUGACUUCUGCGGCACGGACAUGACCAUCGGCACGGACUCGGCCCUGCACCGCAUCAUGGAGGUCAUCGACGCUAUCACCACCACCGCCCAGAGCCACCAGAGGACAUUUGUGCUGGAGGUGAUGGGGCGGCACUGCGGGUACCUGGCGCUGGUGUCCGCACUGGCCUCGGGGGCCGACUGGCUGUUCAUCCCUGAGGCGCCCCCUGAGGACGGCUGGGAGAACUUCAUGUGUGAGAGGCUGGGCGAGACUCGGAGCCGAGGGUCCCGUCUGAACAUCAUCAUCAUUGCCGAGGGCGCCAUUGACCGCCAUGGGAAGCCCAUCUCAUCCAGCUACGUGAAGGACCUGGUGGUCCAGAGGCUGGGCUUCGACACCCGUGUGACUGUGCUGGGCCAUGUGCAGAGAGGAGGGACCCCCUCGGCCUUUGACCGUGUCCUGAGCAGCAAGAUGGGCAUGGAGGCCGUGAUGGCGCUGCUGGAGGCCACACCCGACACGCCAGCCUGCGUGGUCAGCCUCUCGGGGAACCAGUCAGUACGGCUGCCCCUCAUGGAAUGCGUGCAGGUGACCAAGGAAGUACAGAAGGCCAUGGAUGAGAAGAGGUUUGAGGAAGCCAUUCAGCUCCGUGGCAGGAGCUUCGAGAACAACUGGAACAUCUACAAGCUCCUUGCCCACCAGAAACUCUCCAAGGAGAAGACCAGCUUCUCCCUGGCCAUCCUGAACGUGGGGGCCCCGGCAGCCGGCAUGAACGCAGCCGUGCGCUCGGCAGUGCGGACUGGCAUCUCCCACGGCCACACAGUGUACGUCGUGCAUGAUGGCUUCGAAGGCCUGGCCAAGGGUCAGGUGCAAGAGGUGAGCUGGCACGAUGUGGCCGGCUGGCUGGGGCGCGGUGGCUCCAUGCUGGGGACCAAGAGGACGCUGCCCAAGGGCCACAUGGAGUCCAUCGUGGAAAACAUUCGCACCUACAACAUCCACGCUCUGCUGGUCAUCGGCGGGUUUGAGGCCUACGAGGGCGUGCUGCAGCUGGUGGAGGCGCGUGGGCGCUACGAGGAGCUCUGCAUCGUCAUGUGCGUCAUCCCGGCCACCAUCAGCAACAACGUGCCCGGCACUGACUUCAGCCUAGGCUCGGACACCGCCGUCAAUGCCGCCAUGGAGAGCUGUGACCGCAUCAAGCAGUCAGCCUCGGGGACCAAGCGCCGCGUGUUCAUCGUGGAGACCAUGGGGGGCUACUGCGGCUACCUGGCCACAGUGACUGGCAUUGCCGUGGGUGCUGAUGCUGCCUACGUCUUUGAGGACCCAUUCAACAUCCAUGACUUAAAGGCCAACGUGGAGCACAUGACGGAGAAGAUGAUGACAGACAUCCAGAGGGGCCUAGUGCUUCGAAACGAGAAGUGCCAUGAACACUACACCACGGAGUUCCUGUAUAACCUGUACUCAUCGGAGGGGAAGGGCAUUUUCGACUGUAGGACCAACGUCCUGGGCCACCUGCAGCAGGGAGGUGCUCCAACCCCGUUUGACCGGAACUAUGGGACCAAGCUAGGGGUGAAGGCCAUGCUCUGGAUGUCAGAGAAGCUGCGAGCCGUCUACCGCAAGGGACGGGUGUUUGCCAAUGCUCCAGACUCGGCCUGCGUGAUCGGCCUGCAGAAGAAAGCUGUGGCCCUCAGCCCUGUCACUGAGCUCAAGAAAGACACUGACUUCGAGCACCGCAUGCCCCGGGAGCAGUGGUGGCUGAACUUGCGGCUAAUGCUGAAGAUGCUGGCACACUACCACAUCAGCAUGGCUGACUAUGUGUCUGGGGAGCUGGAGCACGUCACCCGCCGCACCCUAAGCAUGGACAAGGGCUUCUGAGGCUGCAUGUGCCUGCGCCCACCUCUCCUGGUCCCCACAACCCAUGCCAGCUGCAGCUCCUGCCCCAAGGCCGGGGCUCAGAUGGGGCUCGGGUCCCUCCCCAGCUGGCUGUGGGCCCUCCUCCAGGAGGAUGGAACACCUCAGGGGGAUGAGGGGGCCUCGUUGCUCCCAGUUUCCAGCUCCUUGGCUGCUGCUCCUUGGCCUCUGCACCCUGGGAGGCCCUCAGCCUCUCCCCUACUGGGCGUGUGCACAUCAGACUGCCCCUCACCCUCACCUGCCUGUGCCCAGGUCUCAUGCAGAGAAAAGACAUGCUCCUGCAGGGCCACUGUGACCUGCUCCUGCUUGCACCGCCCACCGUGGCUGAGCAGCACUUGUCACUCUUCCAAGAAAUAAAAGCACCUGUGGAUCUGUUGGCCUCUGGAAA